AUGCGCGCCAAUACGACGCAAAAAGCCUACGAUGAGGCAUUCCUAGCUUGCUCCACCGCGGUGUACUUUGAAAGCCAGAAUAACGAGCAGGAAGCCCUUCGCUCAUGGAAGACGGCCCUCGACCACAUCUACUACCAUAAUGCCCGCCGCAACCCCACCACGUAUCGCCCCGCGUCUGAGACCGAGAAGGCUCUCCUGGAGUCGUUACGCCAGCUGGAACUGCAAUGCAAGGAGCGAGUAGACUUGCUGGAAACAUUAAAACGGAGUCGAGAGGAGUCGAAGGAGAGCCUGGCCUUGCCAGCCCAAAAUGCAAAAGCCCCCACUCCGCCUCUUCACGGCGUCCCCGUCACCUCAAGCUAUACAGAGGGUUCUUCCGCCUGGCUGGGAGGCGGAUCAGUACCUCCUAUAGAUUACACCGACCUUUCUAGGCCGCCCCCUCUACCGUAUCGCCCCGCAAUGGCACCGCGAAAGAGCUCGGGCACUGGGUCUGCGCGAGACAACAGUCUGACACAGACCCGAAGUGCCUCUACGUUGGCGCCGGGCACAGCUGAAGAGAAAACGUCACGAACACCAUCGCCUGAGAAGAAAGGUAGGAUGUUGCGGACCUUGAGGCCUGGACGGGACAGCAGGGCCUCAUCAUCAAAACUACCAAGCUCGUUGAGAAGUCGUCCAGAGGCUUCCAAGGCUGCCACUCAGGCGUGGAGCUUCAAAACUACACCGACCACUGGCAGGCCGAGUCUGGGUGUACCGACUUCUUCGACAGCUUCAGCCCGAUCAUCAAUAGACAGACCAGCUAUUGAGAGGCCAUGCACGCAACCGCAAUCACCUUUCUAUUUCCAAGCUGGGGAAGUCUCAGCGUCGGCUGCAUACACAUCUCCAGCCCUUGGCAGCGGAGGCGAUCCUGAGCCAACGAGAUCUGCAGUUGAGAGACCAGCGCCACCAAUAACUCGGAAGUCUGUAGACUCAAGCAGAGUACCUAAUAAUCAGGGAAACAGCACAGCAUUGCCGUCCUACCGGAAAGAGUAUCCUCCAACUACACUAAACCCACGUUCACUGGCAGCUUCCGCGGCUGCCCGCUCGUACAGCGACCAUGGAACAGAAGAAAAGACCCGGCCGUCAUGGGAUCCAGCUACACGAAGACUGGUACCUACGACUACUACCAAUAAUAAUAUGCAAGCUCGGAACAUGCCGCAACGAGAGCCCCAUGAGCCAGUGACACUAGAAGAAGACGAGGAUGUAAUAAAGUCCCAGCCACCUCCGGCUCGGAAAGGCAGGGCCAGAGGCGAUUCAAUGCGCGCAGAUCUACCCCCCACUCCUAAAACGGUUGUAGCCGAACCAGAGGAAGAGCCCGAAGAAGAGACGGAUGAGUGGAAAAGGCGAACAGAAGAUAUCAUGAAGAACCUGCCUCGGGGCGUCGACAAGCAAGCCGCGCAGCAAAUCUUGAAUGAGAUAGUCAUCCAAGGGGACGAAGUACACUGGGACGACGUAGCUGGUCUGGACAUUGCAAAGUCAGCACUCAAAGAGACCGUGGUUUAUCCAUUUCUGAGACCAGACUUGUUCAUGGGGUUGAGGGAACCCGCAAGGGGCAUGCUUCUAUUCGGGCCACCGGGUACUGGAAAGACGAUGCUAGCAAGAGCGGUAGCAACAGAGUCAAAGUCUACAUUUUUUGCAAUCUCUGCGAGUAGCCUUACCUCGAAGUUCCUCGGUGAGUCGGAGAAGCUCGUCCGUGCUCUUUUCCAGCUCGCAAAAAUGCUUGCACCGUCAAUUAUUUUUGUGGAUGAGAUCGACUCUCUUCUCUCAUCGCGCUCAGGCGGCGAGCACGAAGCGACACGCCGCAUCAAGACGGAGUUUUUAAUUCAGUGGUCCGACUUACAGAAAGCUGCUGCUGGAAGGGACCUGAGUAAGGAGGAGAGGGAGAAGGGUGAUGCAACUCGAGUGCUCGUGCUGGCGGCCACGAAUUUACCAUGGGCCAUUGACGAGGCAGCGAGGCGAAGGUUCGUCCGACGGCAGUACAUUCCACUGCCGGAAGACUGGGUUCGGAAGCAGCAAGUCAAUACAUUGCUAAGUCAUCAAAAACAUGAGCUUAGUGAGAGGGACCUGGAUCGGCUGGUCCAGCUCACUGAAGGUUUCUCUGGUUCUGACAUCACUGCACUCGCGAAAGACGCUGCAAUGGGCCCUUUGCGCUCACUCGGCGAGAAGUUGUUGUCCAUGACGAUGGAUCAGAUACGACCGAUACAAUACCAGGACUUUAUAGCUAGCUUGCAGACGAUCAGGCCCUCUGUGAGCAAGCAAGGCUUGAAGGAGUUCGAGGACUGGGCGAGGGAAUUCGGAGAGCGGGGAGGAUGA